AUGCUUUUAAAGGAACUUGCCAUCGAAGACGUUCAAGAAUACAGAAACUGUAUGAGAAUGUCUCGUGCUUCCUUUGACGUUCUUCUGAAAAAAAUAUCGCCAGCUAUACAGCGAUCUGACACCACAAUGAGAAUGGCUUUACCUGCCAGAACAAAAUUAGAAAUUACUCUGUCAUAUUUAGCUACUGGAAAUAGUUACCGAAAUUUGCAGCAGCAAUUCCGUGUUUCCCGGCCUGCAAUUUCCAAGUUUAUUCCAGAAGUAUGCGAUGCCAUAUACGAUGCAUUGGAGGAUUUUAUACAGGUACCAAAAAGUAACAAAGAAUGGAAAGCUAUUGAAAGUGAUUUCAACCAUAGAUGGAAUUUUCCAGGAUGUUAUGGUGCCAUUGAUGGAAAACACAUACUUAUUCGAGCUCCUGAGAAUUGUGGCAGUAACUUUUUCAACUAUAAGGGACAAAACAGUAUUAUUUUGAUGGCAAUUGUAGACGCAAAUUACAAUUUUAUAUACAUUGAUGUUGGCUACAAUGGAAGAGUCUCAGAUGGAGGAGUUUUUGCGCAGUGUUCUAUUUUUGCUGCUUUAGAAAACAAUAUAUUACCGGAUGGUGGAUUUCUUGUUGGAGACGACGCUUUUCCGUUAAAGCAUUAUUUACUUAAACCAUAUUCAAAGAAUGCACUUACUGUUGAUGAAAAAAUCUUCAAUUAUAGAUUGUCUCGUGCAAGAAGAAUUGUGGAAAAUGGUUUUGGUAUUUUAGUGUCUAGAUUUCGAGUUUUUGAGAAACCCAUAGCUUGUGGACUAUCAUCAGUGGAUAAAAUAGUCAGAACAUGUUGUGCCCUACAUAACUGGCUUAGAUGCACUACUGUAAAUGAAUAUUUGCCAAAGGGAUCCGUUGACGAAGAAGAUAUCGAUCAAGGUAGAAUUAUUCUUGGAAGUUGGAGGUCAGAAGUAGCUGGUUUGCCAUCAGUUUCACGUAUAGGAAGUAAUCAUUCUUCACAAUUUGCAAGAAAUUUAAGGGAUAAAUAUAAACACUAUUUUAUGACUACAGGGGCCGUUUCAUGGCAGGAACGAAUGAUUUUUUAAUUUCAUUUUAAUAUAUUUUGUAUUCAAUUACUAAUAUAGGUACAUAUAAUAAAAAAUAUAUAGUAGCUUCUUACUUACCAAAUUACUGCAUGUUACCCUUCUCUUAUCCAUUGUUUGUAAAAACAUAUGCAUAACUGAAAACCACUUCAUUUUUGGUUUAUAUAUUUCAUCGGCUCCGGCCCCAGAGCUUUGCGUUUUCUUAAUUUUUGCUACCUCUUGUACAUACGUCGACCUUAGAGUUUUUAUUUUGUUUUUUACAUCUAUUGGGCCAAAAUUCUCGAUUUCCAUUGUUUCCACAAUUCUUUUUAUAGCCGACUCACGGGCUUGUUUAUUUCUAUAGAUUACCAACUGUGUAUUCCAAAGGCACUCUUCCUCCCUAUAUAAUUCUACAAACUUUACUGUGGUAUCUUCAGUCCAUUUUGCGCACAUUUUGAAUAAUAAUAACACCUACACUUUAAAACAAUUACUAAAACUACGUACUGAUUUAUUUACUAAAAUCAAACGCUGGAAUCAUCGUGUCUACACAGGUUUAGUUAAGAGGAUAGUGGGAGUGGGGGUAACCACUUGCUCCAGUAAAUAGAAAUGCUUUCUAUUCACUGUACUGGAAUCGUUACUAAAAUCAGUACUGGAAUUUAGUAUUGGAAUAUAUGUUUACACAAAGCAAGUACUAAAGUCACUGGCAUCGUGUAAACCCCCCUU